AUGUCCCCUGACCAGCUCGCUGUUAACCAGCGUUUCCUCGAAGCCUGCCGUGCUUUGGACAUCGAGCAGAUCCAGAAACUCGUGAGAGACGAGGGCGCAGAUGCGUGGUUCCAGGAGCCCGAGACCGGAAAGGGACCUCUGCACCUCGACGCGGCGGUCGAAAAGGCCGAUGAGUGCUUGAGUUGGCUCAUGGGAAACGGAGCAGUAUGGAACCAAAUGGACCGCGAAUAUAGAACCCCGGCCUGCCGCGCCCGCGAAUACGGCCUCGCAAAACUCUACGCCAACUGUAUCGACGCUGGCGUCCGCGCCGAACUUCUACUGGCGCACUUGAACAGGAAGCAACAAACCAGCGCUGGCGCACGCAAUGAGGCUUACCUGAACUCGAAACUCACUUGGACGGAGCCAACGGAUGGUGCGAAGACCUUGUUGGAUGAUGAGAAUAAUGGUGUGAUGAUGUCUUGGGAGAAGGAUAUUAUGAAGAGGAGUGCGGAGGUUUUGGUGCCCACGCCUGGUGAGGGAUCUGUUUUGAACAUCGGUUUCGGACUUGGUAUUGUCGACACAUAUCUUCAGGAGAGACGGCCGAAGAGACAUGUUAUCGUUGAGGCGCACCCGGAUGUGAUCGCAGAGAUGAAGGCACAGGGAUGGGACAAGAAGCCUGGUGUGGAGAUUGUGGAGGGCAGAUGGCAAGAUGUCGCUGGCCAGCUCGCGGAGCAGGAGGUUUUCGACAGUGUCUACUACGACGCCUUCGGAGAGUACUACGAGGACCUUCGCGAAUUCUUCGACGAGGCAGUCGGGUUGCUCUCACCAGACGGAAUCUUGUCUUUCUUCCACGGUUUGGGAGCGGACAACCAGACGUUCUACGAUGUCUACACCAAGCUGGUCAUGCUGGAGCUUUACGACUUUGGUCUGGAUACCGAGUGGGAGGAGCUUUACAUUGAUAUGCCUGAUGAGGAGUGGGAGGGUACCAAGAGGAGGUACUGGGCUUUGGGUACGUACAGACUGCCCAUCUGCAAGUUCUUGUCGUGA